ACAUUGAGCUGAGUGAGGUAGAUAGCAGAACAGAAGGCGGAGGUGGACAGAAAACUAAGACGAAAAAUAGGAAUAGGUGAAGAAAACGUAUUGGGACGAGAUAUUGGACGGAUCGUUGGCUGUUUUAUUGUCAGCGCUGAGAUGGCUGGAGUGUGGCGUUACACGCUGGCGGUGGCAGUGCUGAUGUGCCUCUGGGAUUUCACUGAGGCUGUGGGGGGGGCGGUGAGCCGACCGCGACCUGUAAGACGACCUCCCAAAAAGCCAAAAGUUGACCCCAUCGACCUGACCCAGCCUGCACAGAACAUAGACAUAGAACGGAUGACAGGGACGUGGUACCUCCUUCUGGCUGCCUCCAAAUGCUCCUUCCUCAUGACGCAGGGGACCAAGGUGGAGCCGACGGUCAUGGUCCUCACGCGUACCCCUGACUCUGCCCAAACUCUGUCUGUAAGCACUAAAACCAGACAUAGUCACCAGUGUUGGGAGAUACGACAGGUUUACACUCUAACCACAACCCCAGGACGACUAACACUUAAAGGAGCUCGCCCUGAAAUGAACACUGAGAUAGUGGUUGGAGAGACCGAUUACACCUCUUACGCAAUCAUAUACUACCAGAAAAGGGGCAAGAUGACGAUGAAACUCUAUAGCAGGUCUCUGGACAAUCUCUCGGAGCCAAUGUUGGCCAAGUUUGAACAACUUUCUGAGAAACAAGGAAUGGGACUGGCCUACCUCUUCCCUUUCCCCACCUACAGUCAUUGUGGAACUGUGGACGAGGAUCACAUAAUCAACUGUGUCCCCACAUGCUGAAGAGGCAGAGCUGCUAAGGCCGGGUCACGGAGAGGGAAAGAGAGAGAGAGAGACAAUGAGGAGGGAACCCUUAAAACUGUAAAAACCCUCUUUAAAUGUCGCAAUUAAACUGAAUAAAACAGUGUGGAGUGUCGAGUCAA